AUGGCCAGUCCAGCGCUGGCUCGUGAGUCUUCAUUAUGGUCCUUGUCGACAUCAACAGCCGCCUCACCGGCACUGCAUCUGAACACAAGGCAACUCAGCGCGCCGGCGGCGAGUGCGCCAACAAGGUCGGAUUCCAAGAACACCCGUCCUGUUCGCGCCUGCAGCAUGGAUUCAGAAGGCCAUGCCAGCCGGGACAGCUGGAAGACUUCCCGCACGCGAGCAUCAAGUGUGUGCAGUAAGAGCAGCCGUGCCACCGUGCAGGAUCUGAUGAACUUCGCACAGCAGAGGCCUUAUGAGUUUGAGCAGUCGAUCCUCCUGCUCCGGCGAACCGACAGCUUCAAGGCCAAAGCAGAGGAUCGCAACCGAGGUGUAGCUCUUCACGCAAGGUCGCGGUUUUCAACCGAUUCUGGUGGCCAAGGCACCAGGGAGUUUACCGACUCGUCCGCGCCUUCGCGCGCGCGAAGCAAGACCGUUCAUCAGUUCGACCGGCAAGGCUUGCCCAGAGGACGCAACUGCAUCGUGUCGAUUUAA